CAUUGGUGCAUACGAAAAUGAAAAGCAGCCAAUCGCAGCGUGUGAUUUUCGCGCCCGGAAGACGCUAUAAAGAAGGCUUUGCGGCCUCCCGAGCGUAGCGGCGGGCGACUGGGUGGAGCGACUCGUAACUAUGUCUGGACGCGGCAAGCAGGGCGGCAAGGCUCGCGCCAAGGCCAAGACGCGCUCGUCCCGCGCCGGGCUGCAGUUCCCCGUGGGCCGCGUGCACCGCCUGCUGCGCAAGGGCAACUACGCCGAGCGCGUGGGCGCCGGCGCCCCGGUCUACCUGGCGGCCGUGCUCGAGUACCUCACGGCCGAGAUCCUGGAGCUGGCGGGCAACGCGGCGCGCGACAACAAGAAGACGCGCAUCAUCCCGCGACACCUGCAGCUGGCCAUCCGCAACGACGAGGAGCUCAACAAGCUGCUGGGCAAGGUCACCAUCGCGCAGGGCGGCGUGCUGCCCAACAUCCAGGCCGUGCUGCUGCCCAAGAAGACCGAGAGCCACCACAAGGCCAAGUAAAA